AUGGCAUCCUCUGAUGAAAUCUCAUCCUCUCCAAUCAGGCGCAACAUUUUGGGUCCAACAACUCGACAAAAUAUAGAUCCUCAUCCACCUUCACAAGUGGUAGAUUUACAAAUUGAUUUAGUUAUGGCCAAUGCAGAAUGGCGAGAAAAAUGCGAUGGUUUGAAAAAUAAGCUGCAGGAAAAACAAGAAGAAACCAAAAAGAAACUGCAAGAAAAUGAAGAAGAAAUCAAAAAGCAGGAAGAAGAAGAGUUAAAAAUGCAGCAAGAAGAAUUUAAAAAAAAGGGUGUAGCGUUCCCAAGUCGAACAAUACGGCCGUUUACGGUUACUUUACGACUAUUUUACGGUCGAAAGUUUGCCGUAAUAUCUAGCACAGUAAUACGGACUGUAUGGUCAUGA